AUGACUGAACUGACCAUGACAACCACUCCAGCCCCCGCUCCCUCCGCCGCCCCCAAGGCCAAUCUGGAGGUCGAUGUAGAAGCCACUCAGCAGGAGGUACAAGAUGAGAAGCGCCCAAAACAAGGCCAGAGCGGCAAGCUGUUGCGACCAAAGCUGCGUCUUCAUGUCGAGGAGCUGCGCCAUCAGUCGUCAAUCUCGUUCUUCAAUUUCGUCCCCGAUGUGACUGCGACUCUAGAUACUGCCCUCGACAACAUCGUCAGAUAUCUAUACACAUCUCCCGAACGGGGUUCAACAGAGUCGCACACGAAAAACAGCCCGAUAUGGCCACCUUUUGAUCCCUCAAUCCCGGCCACGCGUUCUGUCACACUCUUCCUCCGCGACUUCGGUGGUGUCGCUUAUACGACCGGAACCGAGCUUGACAAUGACCACAAGGAAAUGCAUCUCUCGCUUCCGUAUGUCAAGCAUUGCACGACGCUCGCAGACCCCCCUAGAGAAUUGGUUGGAGUCCUCACUCAUGAACUGGUACAUUGCUACCAGCACACCGCACCACCAAAAACCGAUCAGGACUCCAAGAAGAUCCCCCACCCUCCAGGAGGCUUGAUAGAGGGUAUUGCGGAUUUUGUCCGCCUGAAGGCACAUUUGGAUCCACCGCACUGGAAGAAGCCGCAUUCGGCAUCUGAACGGGCGUCAAACUGGGAUGCCGGGUAUCAGCACACUGCGUACUUUUUGGCGUGGAUUGAGGAUGUCUGGGUGGGCGAGGGUGCUAUUGGCAUGCUGAAUGAUCGAUUGCUGAGAGUUGGAUAUGUCGGAGAAGAGAAAGACGAAGUGAACUCCGACCAAGCAGGAUUCUGGAAGGGUUUGUUUGGCAUGGAGGUUGCAGAAUUAUGGGAUGCAUAUGGUCGAUAUCUUGAUGUUAGCCAUGAGACUGCUAAUGACAAGAAGGCGUGCGGCAAUUGGGAGGAUGAGAUUCUCAAUGCGGCUUGA